AUGUCGACCACGCCGCGUCGCGCGCCGUCGACCAGCUCCGCCGCGACGCGGCGAGCUCGGGGCGGCGCAAACCCUAGUCCCGGCGGCUGCGGAGAGAGUCGUUAUUGGCUGGGCCGCGGCGCGGCGCUGUCGCUGAAUUCGCGAAGGUCUUUGGAGAUUCAUCUCGACGCUGCUGCUGCUGGCUGCGACGGCGGCGCGUCUUACUGCAGCGCCACCGCCUCGGAUGCCACCGUCACAUCCCCGUUCUCUGCUGGCCGUGGGGCUACGGAUUUCACCAUAAUUAGCCCCACGACCACUCUUCACUUCCCCGCCUCCCCUUCCGUGGCGUUCUCAUCCCCGUUCACUUCCGCCUUUCCUUCCGCCGAUGGAACUUCCGCCUCCCCUUCCGCUUCCGCGCGGCGGCGCGCGUUCCCGAUGUCUCCUUCAGCCGACUCCAUUCCAUGGCCGUCCGAUGCCGCCGCGGCGCGAUGCAGCGCAAUCUACGCAGAGGAUGCGUUUCCCUCGUUUAGUAGUGGUGUUGAGGGAGGAGCUGGUAGCAAUAACGAUACCGCGGCAGCGGACGUGGCGUUCGAGGAUUGGUUCAACGAAGUAGAGGCGUCAAUGGUUCACUCCACUACCCUAAACCCUCCACCAUUGGCGCUGGCACUGGGGCGGAAGCAACGGCAGCGGCUGAUGCGGCAGUGGUUCCACGACGCGCCUGAUGGGCUCGUUUCGCCCCCAUUCGCUGGAGUCAAUCGAACCAACCAAGUCAACCGUGUCAACCAAGCCAACCGAGUCAACCAAGUCAACCGAGUCAACCAAGCCAACCGAGUCAACCAAGCCAACCGAGUCAACCAAGCCAACCGAGUCAACCAAGCCAACCGAGUCAACCAAGUCAACCGAGUCAACCAAGCCAACCCAUUCGUCAACCAAGCUUACGAUGCGUAG